GCACCCUAGCAUAGCAGUCGAGCAGGUGAAUCAAUCAAUGACAACAAUCAGGAUGUGAUCGAGAGAAGUAAGUUCUUCCGAUCGUGGCUUGUAUUAAAAUUAUUCACCUGUUCCUUUCAGUGCCACGGUUCGUAUUAGAACUAAGAAGUUAGAAUCCAUGUGGUGGUGUAGGGUGCAUGCAGCGUUUCAAACUUCGAAAUCCGAGCUCAGUGUAUUGAGGCGAUUCGUGUCUUGUUGUAGUCCUAAUCAACACUCACAGAACGGUGAGCAGAAAGACAUCAUUGAGUCGAAGAUGGCGUCCAACGAUGAAGUGAUGCUUUCCCCGACGUUCAUUUUUUCUUCAGAAAAUAACCAACAAACGUUCCUGGAGAACUUGGCUAGGGUGCAGAAGGAUGGCAUGUGCAGUGGGGAUGUCGCCCUGGAAAUAAAGGACUGGACACAACCUUCGGGCGAUGUGGAGUCCUCAGUUGACCUCACUAUCAACAGCAAGAAAAUCCCAGUUCUGUUCUGCAAUGACCCACCAGUCUGGAGUCGCUUUGACUUUGGCAAAUUCAACCGGCAUCUAGCAACACAGGAGAUGGGCCGCAUGAUGAUGUAUAGCGAGCUGACAUCUUCCACGCAGGCAAUUCUGAGCGGCAAUGUCAAGUUUCUCGGCCAGAUUCCCGCAGGAGCCGGCCUGGUCUAUCUUGCUCUACAGCAGACGCAAGGAAAAGGUCGCCGCGACAACAAGUGGGUGUCACCGUACGGGUGCUUGCUGUUUUCCGCUCAUGCUGACAUUCCGAAAGGCACGCCAUUGGCUGGCAACAUGGCUUUUAUUCAGUAUCUGUGCAGUCUGGCUGUUGUGAAAGGUAUUCAGGGAAUCUCCGGUUAUGAGGCUCUCGACCUGCGGCUCAAGUGGCCGAAUGACAUCUACUACGGAGCACACACGAAGGUCGGUGGUGUCUUGAUCGACUGCUCUUCCGGCUCCUGGGGUACAUCUGCCAUUAUCGGAUGCGGACUAAACGUAACCAACUCUGAUCCGACAACGUGUCUGAAUGAUAUCGUGAAGGCGUAUAGCGAAGAGCACUCCGUCUCGCUUGCUCCACUCAGCCUGGAGCAGGUCCUGGCUGUGACGCUUAACCAGCUGGAGUUGCUGUGGAACCAGUUUCAGAAGUUUGGACCCGCGUCGUUCCUGGACGAAUACUAUGAAAAGUGGCUGCACAGUGGAGCUAAGGUUACUCUGGGCGGUGAUGAAAGUGGCGAGGAGGUCACCAUAUUCGGCAUCAAUGACAGCGGUUACUUGCAGGUACGACGGCCAUCGGGCGAUAUCGUUGUCGUACAACCGGACGGCAACAGCUUUGACAUGAUGAAAGGCCUGGUGAUUGUGCGCAAGGCAUGAUGCCCCGUGCAGCAAUCGCCGUAAUGCAGUGCAGCCCUGCGGAUAGAGAGGUUGCCGGUUUGAACACCGGCUUGAAAACCAGACCGCGUCUGUAGCUGCCUUUUCACUGCCCUUGGGAUAGCCCUCAAACCAGACCGCGUGACACUGUAGCUGCCUUUUCACUGCCCAUGGAAUAGCCCUGUACAUUGCCGGUGGCUACGCUGCUCGCUAUCAGCACUUGUCCUGUGUUGAGCCUGCGCUGCUCAUGAUGCCUGUCCACCCUCCACGCGCCCGCGCGCUCGCACACCCACCCACAUGUAUCACACAAACGUGCGCGAGCACAGACACACACACACACACACACACACACACACACACACACACACACACACACACACACACACAUUUUAAACCUCACUGGCUACUCGGCGUAACUUGUUAUAUUCACAUCCUUCACGGACACCUCCACUCCACUAGGGUCUCUGGUAAAAUAGCAGGAGCUGACUUUUAAAACUUCUUUAUAUUGGAGCUUGAGUGUGAUGUUCUGCCUCUCCCCCCCCCCAUUCUUGUUUCUUUUUAGUCAUGUUUCAGCUACUGCAAUCCGCUCCCUAUUAAUCCUGUUACUCAUGCUGUUGACAAUCCUAACUUCGCCGUCUCUUGAUUGCGUUUUAUCUCUAAAAAUUCCUCCAAUCAGAUAUUUGAAUAACCCUUUUUUUUGUCGUGUGGCAAUGAAGCUCCGUGAUAAUUAUGCUACUCAAGAAUUCAUGUUGAAUGCCAUUUUUAUUCCUCGUUUGGGAGCUGGCGACUGUUUUUGAUUCCGUCUCAAUUGUAAAACUGAUCACA